AUGACUGGGGGUGAGGAGGAUGUUUCCAAGAUAGUGUCGGAAGUGUUGGAACUGAAUCCCGAGAUGAAUCAAAUGUUUUCACCCCCAGAACACGACACUGAUUUUCUUUUUCUUUCGUCCUAUCAUCAUGGCAACCAAGGAGAUACCUGCGAAAAGUGUGACAAGGAGCAAUUGGUUACACGAAAUCGGCGUGAUACCAGGGCCCCAUUCAUCCACUACGGAUUGAUUGCGUCCGGGGAUCAGGUGAUGAAGGACUCGGACACACGAGAUCGUCUAGCUCAACGCCAUGGGAUACUCUGUUUUGAGAUGGAAGCUGCGGGUCUCAUGGAUGAUCUCCCGACGCUUGUGAUUCGAGGAAUAUGCGACUAUUGUGACUCGCACAAGCAAAAGGAGUGGCAAGGUUAUGCAGCUUUGACAGCAGCUGCCUAUGCAAAGGUGCUGGUAUCUGUUAUACCUGUUUGCUAUAUGAAAUUUGACUCGCUGAAGAGCAAUAAAGUACAGCAUUGGGUGGUCUCGCUGGCAAGGAAUCCGAGAUUUGUUGGUCGCCAGGAUGAAGUCACGAAGCUAGAAGAGUUAAUUACAAUUCCAGAUGGGCCCAGGAGGGUUGCAAUCACCGGCUUGGGUGGAAUCGGAAAGACGCAAGUGGCCCUAGAGGUAGCACACCGCAUACGGGACCGAGACAAGGAAUGCUCAGUUUUCUGGGUUCCUUGUAUAAGCAAUGAAAUGAUUGAGCAGACAUUCCUGAAUAUUGCGCAGAUACUAGGGCUCCAUGACGUGAAACCAGUAGACGUCAAGGAACAGACUAAAAUAUAUCUCAGCUCUGAGCGUGCAGGAAAAUGGCUUCUCAUUUUUGAUAAUGCGGAUGAUACAGAGAUGUGGGUCUCAGCCAAUAAUGCAAUCCCAUCCCUCGAGGACUUCCUCCCUCAGAGUGACCAAGGCCACAUUUUAUUCACGACCCGCAACGGAGAGCUUGCGGUUGACCUCACAGCAUCCAAUAUUAUUGCUCUUCCAGAUGUGGAUAAAGAAACUGCAUCUAAUAUCCUCGAGAGCUUACUGUUACAGAAACAGCUGCUCGAUGACCCUAUUACAACAAGUACUCUCCUAGAACAGCUCGCAUUCCUUCCAUUAGCAAUCGCGCAAGCGUCAGCAUAUAUAAACAAAAAGCGCCUAAGCCUGUCUGCAUACUUGAUGCUUUUUCAAGAGAAGGAACAAGACUCUAUCGAGCUCCUUAGUGAAGACUUUAGGGACCCAGGGCGUUAUAAGGAUAUCCAAAACCCCGUGAUCACGACAUGGUUAAUAUCGUUUCAGCAGAUUCAACACCAAGAUCAAUUGGCAGCAGAUUACUUAUCCUUUAUGGUCUGCAUCGAUCCACGAAAUAUUCCCCAGUCCCUUCUUCCUCCGCAGACCUGUAGGAAAGAAAGCCUCGACGCUUUGGGGCUCCUAAAUGCAUACUCAUUCACCAAUAGCCAAGACUUGAAUAUAAGUAUGCACAGACUUGUGCAUAUUGCAACCCGGAAUUGGCUUAGAAAGAAUGGACGUUUUGGGUACUGGAUCCAACGAGUGGCAGGUCGUAUAGAUAUGGCUUUUCCAGAUGAUCACCAUACCAACCGACGACUUUGGCGAGAAUACCUCCCUCAUGCCUUGGCACUGGUGCAUGAUAAUGAAUUCGUUGUACAACAGGAACAGUAUGUCAAUUUGAUCGAGAGGAUUGCAGAUUGCCUUGAUAGUGAUGGAAGAUAUCACGAAGCGGAGGUAUUAUAUAGAACGUUAAUGAGGAUUAAUCAAGAAAGAGAUGGUCCAGAGCACACAACCACGCUGACCAGCAUGGUGAACCUAGCAUCAACCUACUGGAAUCAGGGACGAUGGAAUGAAACAGAGAAGCUGGAUGUACAAGUUAUGGAGGCAAGAAUGGCAGCCCUAGGGGCGGAACACCCUGAUACUCUUACCAGUAUGUUAAAUCUAUCAGUGACCUACAGAGAUCAGGGACGAUGGAAUGAAGCAGAGGAAUUCGGGGUCCAAGUUAUGGACAGAAGAAAGACAGUCCUAGGGGCGGAACACCCUGAUACUCUUGACAGUAUGUUAAAUCUAGCAUUGACCUACUGGAAUCAGGGACGAUGGAACGAAGCAGAGGAAUUGGGGGUCCAAGUUAUGGAGGCAAGCAUGGCAGCGCUAGGGGCGGAACAUCCCCGUACUCUAACCAGCAUGUCGAAUUUAGCCUACACCUGGGAAUCUCAGGGCAAAUCUCAGGAUGCCUUGUCUCUAAUGGAAAAUUGUUUAGAGUUGCGCAGGAAGGUAUUAGGGCCCACGCACCCCAAUACCAGAUCCUCGUAUCAUGCUAUUUGCGAAUGGAGGGAUAAGUAUAGUUUAUCCUCAAGCCGUACCCCCUCAGCAGCAUUGAAAUACAAGUCUCGAAACAUCCUCAGUGAAUUUUUACCGGGGUCUGCGGCAGCUGUUAUGGCCUCUCAGUCUGCCCGUGAAAAGCUUGUCAACCCAUUUCGCACCCCGGGACUAUCAACCGCAGGUCUAUUUAUUGAAAACCAUCCCUUUUUCACAGAUUCCAGAAUACCCUUACCUACGCUGGAAGAUCGAUACCUACAAGAAGUUGAUUAA